AUGGCUCGUUACAAGGACAUAUUUGAUGCCAUUGAUCAUGCCACGAGUGAGAGUUGUCCAAAUCGUUUGCUUGCAUUUGCCAAAGUUCGUAGUGUUGUGCUUGGCGGGGCAGCUGCAGCUCAAUCGGCUGCCCGACAAAUCAUUAAUCGCUUUUGCAAUGUCGCUAUGGAAAACCAAAGGAUUGGUCUUUGGAGCCUUGAUUUACUUCAAAUGUGCACAUUACAUGGUGGAGAUGCCUUUGCCCUUGCGCUUAAUAGUCAGGAUCGACUAAAUGAUCUCCUUGCUUUUUUUUUAAAUCCUGCAAAGUUCAAAUCAAUUUCCAUACAGACGCAACUGAAACUGCUUAGUCUUAUCCAGACCUGGGCCAUCACUUACAAAAACACCUUUUCCUGCAAUAAUUUUGAGUACGCCUACAGCCGUCUCAAAAAAAGCGGCGUAUCUUCCAACGUCGACGGUCUACGCAACCUACACUGGUUGCCUGAUAGAGACGUGUUUGGAAACUUUACUGAAAGCACUCCAUACAACCUGCAAGACGUUGCCUCAGAAAUGAGCUCCGAAAAUAAACAACUCCAUGCCGAGUUACAGACGAUUUACAAAAUGGCAAGUGAAUUGCUAGCAACUACAUCUGGUGAAGGCGAAGAAUCAAAGAAGCAGUUGUCUGAAGCCAGUAAACGAACUUUGGAGAUAAAGCAGGCGGUGUACGCAUCGCAGGCAUUUUGGAAUGACAUAAUAGAUCACCUAGAGACAAAGUCAGAGGACCUGGAAGAGAUCAAAUUGAGCGUUCAACGCAUUUUCGAAAGCAUGGAGCAGUCCAUUACCUACUGCAGCAACGCUUUGAAGACGGAAUCAUCGGUCACACCAGUGAGCACACGGCCAUUCCGUCCCUUUACUAAAUUACUAAAAGGAAGGCUGUUGAUAGUCAAUGGCGAUUCAGCAGUGCUUUUAAUUUCACAAUGA